CCAGCCCCGUGCACCGGAUCAGGCCUUCUGCAGAGCUGGGCCGGGCGCCCGGAUCGCAGGUGGGGCCGGUGAAUCCCUGUUUGCAAACCCGCCCCCGCUCCGCUCGCCACGCCGGAUCGCGCGGGGGGGGGGGAACCUGCGCCAGGCUUGCCCCGGUGCAGCCACAUCAGCCCAAGGAGAUUGGCCGCUCAAAUGCGGGAAGUCGAUUGCUGAGGUCUGGGGAGAGACGCACCUUCCUCCCUCCAGCCCCAGCGCCGCAGAUCCGGCUGCAGCAGAGAAGGGGGGCAGAAGGGGAGCCAGCCCCACAGCGGCCCGCGAGUGGGGGAUCCGCGCGCCCCUUCGAAGAUGGCGUCCGCCAAUGACACCCGGCAGGCCCAGAAAGAUGCCGCCGACCAGAACUUUGACUACAUGUUCAAGCUGCUGAUCAUCGGGAACAGCAGCGUGGGGAAGACGUCCUUCCUGUUCCGCUACGCCGACGACUCCUUCACCUCGGCCUUCGUCAGCACCGUGGGCAUCGACUUCAAGGUGAAGACGGUCUAUAGGAACGAGAAGAGGGUCAAGCUGCAGAUCUGGGACACCGCAGGGCAGGAGAGAUACCGGACAAUCACGACGGCUUAUUACCGAGGAGCCAUGGGCUUUCUGUUGAUGUACGACAUCGCCAACCAGGAUUCCUUCAAUGCCGUGCAGGACUGGGCGACUCAAAUCAAGACCUACUCUUGGGAUAACGCCCAGGUGAUCCUGGUGGGGAACAAGUGUGACCUGGAGGACGACCGAGUGGUGGCCACGGAAGAUGGCAAGCGGCUGGCUGAUGAGCUAGGGUUUGAAUUCUUCGAAGCCAGUGCCAAGGACAACAUCAACGUCAAGCAGGUCUUUGAGCGCCUGGUGGACAUUAUCUGCGAGAAGAUGAACGAGAGCCUGGACACCAACCCCACCCUCGUCAGCAACAGCAAGAACGGGGCCCUGGCCGAGACUCCGCCCCCACAGUCCAGCAGCUGCUCUUGCUAGAUAACAGACUCCGCCCACCUAUGGUUCCUCUCUUCUCCCCCCCCCCCCAACCCCGCAGCGGUCACAUUGAUGUCAUAGAUAAAUAGGGUGGGACGUUAUGGGGAGAGGCACAUCUCUUGGGCUGCUGCCCCACUGUUUUUCUAUUUGCCUAUGACAACAAUGCAGUGGAUCAGCCUUCCCUUUCCUUAUCCCCGAUCCAGGGUUUUUCCGUCCCGGCAAUCACGGCCAGCUGAGGGAUGAGGAAUCCUGGUGGUGGGGUGACGCAAAUUGGCCUGGCUUCCUUUGACUUUGAUGGUGCUGACAUGGGUGCUACGGAUCCAACGGGGGUUCGAUGCCUCAGCAGAUCCGCACUCUCUUCGGAGCACGUCUGUUAUUAACCAAGCCCUAGGUGCAGCUUUUCAAAAGGCUGGGGCAUCGAACCCCCACGUAGAUCUGUGACAACCGCUCUGCGUUUGUAAGGGGACGGAGAGGGGUGCCCGGGGGGGGUGGGGGUGGAAAGAUGUGGGGAGGUUUACUGCACAGGAUUUGCCGCAGGUUGGUGUGAGGGACAUUAAUCCUCAUGCAGGAAAACAGGUGGUGGGGGAGGUGGGAGAUCCAUUUUCAUCUCAAUUUUCCACUGAAAAUUUCAGGUUUUUCCCAGGGAAAAUUCGUGUCCUGAACAUCUUUGACCAAAAGCCGGAGCGACUUUGAUUCUGAAAUGCUUCCUAGGUGUUGUAGUCCGGAUGCCUCGUGCUCUGGCCCUCUUCUGUAGACUGGACUUCUUGGUCGGACUACAUCUCCCAUGAUGCACCACACUCUCCCCGCUGGGAGAGGGAGGGUUGCAUCAUGGGAGACAUAGUCCAACUAAGGAACCAGGCUCAUAUUGGAGAAUGGAAGCUUGAGGCCACUGAACUACAACUCCCAUGAUGCACCACAGCAGCAUUUCCAAAGCAACUCAACCCCUGAUGAUUGCUUCCCAUAGAGUCACACACUCUGUAAAUGGCCGGGGCCCCUAGUGCACUCCCCUACCUGGUGCGUUUGUUUGCACUAGUGUCAAAUGCUCCCAUGGGGGGGUUGCAGUGAAAAUGACAACACGAGACACAGGAGAGUCGGGCCCGUUUGUUUGUUUGUUUGUUUGUUUUUGUUUUCUUUCCUCAAAGCAUCUCCUGCUUUUGGGGUCCUCAGUUUGGGGACUUGCUUUGAGGGAGCUGCCUUAAAGGUGGGGAGUGCCUGGCACUUCCUGAAAAUUGGGUACCUUUAAGCAGCCUCUGGUUGAGCACCCCAGCCCUAGAGGCACCAAAAAUCACUAAUCAUUUGUGUGGGGGGAGAGGGGUAAAUCCAGAGAGGCUCAUCUUAUGCUGACCCUCAGCUGCAGUAAAUAGGUGUCUGGCCCUUCUCAUGCAAAUGGAGCAAUACUGGUUUACACCAGCUGGGGAUCUGGCCCUUCUCACCCCAAUGCAACAACACCAAUUUACACCAGCUGGGGAUCUGGCCCUUCUCAUGACAAUGCAGCAACACUGGGUUACACCAGUUGGGGAUCUGGGCCUUAAUGUAGAAAGGGGCCAGGGGAGAGACAAGACCACGGACUGGGAAAAAUGUAGAAUACCUUCAAUGUAUCAGAUCAGUUUGAACCAACGCCUGCAGGGCUAGGAGUCUUGUAAAACCAAAGGUCCCGGGCCUGAUUUCCCAUUGCACUCAGCCUUGUACAGGGAUUUAUUUACACAAGGAUGUGAGGGGUUAAAAUCAAUCCAAGCUGGUUUGCAUGAGUGGUGCGUGGGGAGAGGGGUUGCAGGGGGGUUGCACUAGCGGAACAGGGCACUGGGGAAUUGGACCAGUUUGGCUGCAAGGGCCAAGGGAUAGAGAGACUUUCCCCCAUCUUGGGGUGUUGGUUCCAGGCUGGAGCCUGGCUUGGCAGUGACUGAGACCCUAAUCUCAUGCAGACAGCGUGAGAGCUUGCCCCAGCCUUGAGGCCUGAGGAUCUGUCACUAUUUGAUUCGGCGUCCUACCCUGUGAGGAGCUGGUGCGCUGUGGGGAAGUUGAGGCAGAGCUGCCCUAGAACCAAGCCUCACAGGGCAGCAUUGAAGAGUAAUGCCAGGCUGGGAUGGGAGCGCCCGGUUUGUCUGAAUUGGCUUCAGGUUGGGAUUUCAGGGUGCCUGGGACCCAGAUCCCCUUGCAGUUCCCUGGGAUUUGAGGACAUCUGACUCCCCUUAUGAUGCCCUCUGCUCCCAGCUUGCAUUAAAUAUCCCCAUCAGCCCCAAAGACUUCAGUGUUGUUAUUUUUGUGAGGUGCCACACAGGCACCCAAUGGGGCACCUCCCAGAAAGCUUUAGCUGGUAGAUGAGCCUGGGAUAACCCCCCAGGGAGGAAAAUCACUAGAUUCCCCACCAGGGGAUGGCUAUGCUUGGACCUGGACCAGGGCAUGACUCUUGGUUACUUCCCUACUUCUGGGGUCAUGCCUAGUCCCUGUGUCAGCUAGAGCAGCUACUGGGCUGCUCUAAUUCAUGCUCUGUUUCCCAAGAGCCCCCCUGAAGCAUGGAGUACCCACAAUGCAGUGUGUUCCAGCCACCACCACCCCACACACACAAGGUUCAGUGCCCUGAUGCCAGCUUCCCAUUGGCCUGGGUAGGCCCUGCCCCUGCACAGAGUGUGCGUGUGUAUGGGGGGGGGCAGAAUUCUCAAGUGGGGCUGUCUCCGCCCACUUUAUUCAACCUUAAAGGGGCCUUAACUGAGAAUCAGCCUCUGGAAUCUGGACUCAGUGUGUCAGCUGCCCCAUACUGCAUUCCAGGGUGACAUGAGCACUCCUUGAUGUCCCAGCCGUGCUUGGACACGGCAAGUCUUGGCUGGAAAAAGUACAACAGUCCAUUUCCGUCCCACGCUGCACGGAUCAUUUCAACCCCUCUGUGGCUAUUGAUUAGCUUCUCGCUGGAGCAAACUUUGGUUCAACAACUCAGCUCUCCUGGAGUCCGAUCUCACAGCUUUCUGUGGAGCAAGGGCUCAGGGCUCGGCUGCAGGGACCGGUGCGCUGGGGUGACCAGGCAGCAAGGGUGAAAAAUGGGGGUGGGGGGUAAUAGAUACCUAUAUAAGACAAAGCCCCAAAUAUCAGGACUGUCCCUAUAAAAUCCGGAUAUCUGGUCACCCUACAGUGCGCCGUCCCUCCGCUCACAAUGCAAUGCUUAUACGCUUCGCACCCCAGCCAUGCAGAAUGUUUUGGCCGUGUGUGUGUGUGUAAGGAAAGUGUCGAGUCACUCAGAUUUCAGGGGAUGUGCAAUCUUUAAAAACGGAGGAGAGACCAGUUUCUUACUUUGAAAACAAAAGUGCCUUUAGCAAAAGCCAAACCAUUGAUCAGUCAUGUGUAAAUGUCCACACUCCCAGCUAAGCUGUAGCCUAGCGGUAAAUGCCUUGUUUAACCUUGUGCCCUUUUCUUCUUGGCCAGAUCUCAUCGAUGCCUUUCUCCCUCCUUCCCCCUUCCGAGAAUUAUUUAAGAGAGAGAGAUGCACAGAGUUCAAGGCCAGAAGGGAUCAUUCACUCAUCUUGCCUGACCCGCUGUGGAUCAGAGGCCGUGAAAUUUCAUCCAGUUACCCCUGACUUGAGCCAAAGAUAAAUACACUCGCAUUGGUAUUUAAAAUCCCUGCGGUCAGAUCUCUGUAAGGGGGGGAGUUUAUAACUGAUGUAGCAUGUGAACAUUGGGAAGGGGGGAUCCACCCCAAAAAAUAAGCCUAAAUAAAUUUAAACCUGACCAAAGUGGGAUUUAGAUAUGAUGGGGGCAGAGAUGGUCUUUUUGUUCUGUGUUUGUACAGGGCCUGGCACACUGGGCCAGGACCGGGCUUCUGAGCACUACCAUAAUAUGCCUAAUAAAGAAGAAUAAUGCCUCUGAAAAUCACAA